CCACGGGCUGCUGUUAAAAUGAAGCCGGUGACGGUGUAGUUCUGGCCACUCCGGUCACGGCCUGGGGCAGAGAGCGCGGAGGGGAACAGAUCUCUGCCCCUUUUCCAGAAGAGCCAGCAAUGAACAAGUCCCUGGGAUCAGUGUCCUUCCAGGAUGUCCUUGUGACCUUCAGCAGGGAGGAAUGGCAACACCUGGACCUUGCUCAAAAAAACCUGUACAGGGAUGUGAUGCUGGACAACUAUUUCAACCUGAUCUCCGUUGAUGAGGCCAUUGGUUUUGAGAAUCUACAACAGGGACCCUGUGAAGCAGUUUCUUUCCAGUCUGAGAGACUUAGUCUUUUCCAAGGACAUGACUCUUAUUGUGCUAUUAGAGAAUUGUGGCAAGAUGAGAAACAGAGAGGGAGAUCUGAGAAAAAACAGAGCAAACCUGGAAGUUGUGUUUCCUUCUGCAACAAGGCAACAAGAGCCUGUGAGAGGGACUGUGAACGUGAGGACACUGAGAAAAUGGUUCCUGCAUACACACACCUCGCUCCUUCAGAAAAAAGAUUCCCUUCCUGUGACUCAUGUGGAGAGAGUUCAGAGCCUCUUGGAAGCUUAUAUAAUCACAGCAGAAACAAUCUGACAGAAACUGUUGAAGAGAUGAUGGAAUAUACUGAUAUUUUUACACGUAUGAAUUUUCCCACAACUGUGAAUGCUCGUGAAGACAGACAGUGUCAGCCCCUUCUGAGUCAAAAGCGGGCUCUCACUCAGCAUUGGAAAGUUCCUACUGAGGAUAACCUUUAUUCAUUUUCUGACUAUGUGAAACUUUUCACCCAAGACUUGCCUCUCUCUAAGCAUCAAGAAAUUUGUGCUGAAGAAAAACAGCCUGAGUGUCACAAACAUGAGAGAGUCUUUGCUCAGAAAUCUCAACUUGCUAUAUCUCAGAGAAUUUGUAUAGGUGGGAAACCUUGGAUAUGUACUGAAUCGGAGGAUUUUUCCCUUGUGUCAAACCAUCAGAAAACUCAAAGUGAGGAAAAUUCCCAUGAACGUGCUAAGUAUGGAAGAACCUUUAUUCAGAACUCUGAUCUGCUCAGAUGCCCAAGAAAUCCUGCAGGAGAAAAACAUUAUGAAUACAGCAAAUGUGGGGAAAGCAUCUCUCAGAAUUCAAUCCUCAAAACACAUAAAAACUUAUAUACCACCAAUCAACACUUUAAAUGUACUGAAUGUGGAAAGGCCUUCACAAGAAAAUCAACACUAAGUAUGCAUCAGAAAAUCCAUACAGGAGAAAAACCCUAUGUAUGCACUGAAUGUGGGAAGGCCUUUAUCCGGAAGUCACAUUUUAUCACACAUGAGAGAAUUCAUACUGGAGAGAAACCUUAUGAAUGCAGUGACUGUGGAAAAUCCUUUAUAAAAAAGUCACAACUCCAUGUACACCAGCGAAUCCACACAGGAGAGAAUCCUUUUAUAUGUUCAGAAUGUGGGAAGGUCUUCACUCACAAGACAAAUCUCAUUAUACACCACAAAAUUCACACUGGAGAGAGACCCUAUAUAUGUACUGUGUGUGGAAAGGCCUUUACUGACAGGUCAAAUCUCAUUAAGCACCAAAAAAUUCACACUGGAGAAAAACCUUAUAAGUGCAGUGACUGUGGAAAAUCAUUCACUUGGAAGUCACGGCUCAGGAUCCAUCAGAAAUGCCAUACUGGAGAGAGACAUUAUGAAUGCAGUGAAUGUGGGAAAGCCUUCAUUCAGAAAUCAACACUAAGUAUGCACCAGAGAAUCCACAGAGGAGAAAAACCCUAUGUUUGCCCAGAAUGUGGGAAGGCUUUCUUCCACAAAUCUCAUUUUAUUACUCAUGAGAGAAUUCAUACUGGAGAGAAACCUUAUGAAUGUAGUGGUUGUGGGAAAUCCUUCACUAAGAAAUCACAACUCCAUGUCCAUCAGCAGAUUCACACAGGCGAGAAGCCAUAUCGAUGUGCUGAGUGUGGAAAGGCCUUCACUGAUAGAGCGAAUCUCUUUACACAUCAGAAAAUUCAUACUGGAGAGAAGCCCUAUAAAUGUAGUGACUGUGGAAAAGCCUUCACUCGGAAAUCAGGCCUUCAUAUCCAUCAGCAAUCCCACACAGGAGAAAGACAUUAUGAGUGCAGUGAAUGUGGGAAAGCCUUCGCAAGAAAAUCAACACUAAUUAUGCACCAGAGAAUUCACACAGGAGAGAAACCUUAUAUUUGUACUGAAUGUGGGAAGUCCUUUAUCCAGAAAUCACACUUAAAUAGACAUAGACGAAUCCAUACUGGAGAGAAACCCUACAAAUGUAGUGACUGUGGGAAAUCUUUCAUUAAGAAGUCACAACUCCAUGAGCAUCAUCGGAUUCACACAGGAGAGAAGCCAUAUAUAUGUGCUGAAUGUGGAAAGGCCUUUACCAUCAGAUCAAAUCUUAUUAAACACCAGAAAAUUCAUACAAAACAGAAAACCUAUGUCUAGUUCAUGUAACUAAUG